UUGGCAGACAGACAUGGUUUGAAUAACUUCGUCAAGAAUUUUAAAGGAAUGUCUGUGUUGAUAUAUUUUUUUUCUCUCCAAGGAAGAAGAAAGCACGAUCUUCGGUCUUCCUCACUAGAAUUGCACAACUUGUGGAGUUGGCGACCAAACUUACCUGUCCGGACUUGUCAGCACUUUUAGAUCUGCACGCUAAAAUGUCGGGAAGUGAAAGAAAAAUCCGGGCUUUAAGAGAGAUCCUCCAGAAACCUGGAAACAACACCUGUGCAGACUGUGGCGCACCAGAUCCUGAAUGGGCCUCAUGUUCCCUGGGUGUGUUCAUUUGUUUAGCCUGCUCUGGGAUCCACCGUAACAUCCAAGAAAUCAGCAAGGUCAAGUCUGUGGGCUUGUCCCACUGGGAGGAUCAUGAGCUUGAGUUCAUGGCUAAGAAUGGUAACGAGCCAACAAAGAAGAUUUAUGAGGCUACCGUUCCAGUCUACUACUACAUACCAAACCACAAGGACUGCCAGGUGCUACGAGAGCAAUGGAUUAGAGCAAAGUAUGAGAGGAAAGAGUUUUCUGAGGCUGGCAGAAACUUGAUAUAUGAGGAAGGAACUAGGGAUGGCAUGUUGAUGAAGAGGGGGCGGGACAACGGACAGUUCCUAAACAGACGAUUCGUUCUCUCAGAGAGAGAAGGCACUUUAAAGUAUUUCACAAAAUUUGAUGCUAAGGAUCCCAAGGCUGUGAUCAAAGUAGACACAAUCAAUGCAACAUUCAAGCCAGAAAAAAUAGGGAACCCCAACGGCCUGCAGAUCACCUACCUCAAAGCUUACAGCACCCGGAACAUCUUUGUUUAUCAUGACAGUAGCAAGGAGAUUGUUGAUUGGUUCAAUUCAAUUCGAGCUGUUCAGCUUCACUAUCUAAAGGUGGCCUUUCCAGGAGCAACUGAUGCUGAGUUGGUACCCAAACUCACUCGAAACUUUCUCAAGGAAGGCUACAUGGAGAAAACAGGACCCAGGCAAACAGAAGGGUUUAAGAAGCGCUGGUUCACACUGGACCACAGACGACUCAUGUACUUCAAAGAUCCUCUGGAUGCCUUUGCCAAAGGUGAGGUUUUUCUGGGGAACAAGGACCAUGGUUACCAAAUCUUUCCUGGUUUGCCCUCCGGGACCUACCACAAUGGCUCUUGGCAGCAUGGUAUCACCAUUAAAACUCCAGAACGCUGCUUCCUCUUUACUUGCGAGACAGAGGAAGACCAGGAAUCCUGGAUGAAACACUUCAGUGAUGUCAUGAGUGUUCCCAUGUCCCCUCAGGAGUUUGCUAUGGAGGCCACAUUUAGGCACAAACACUGAUGGAUCUGAUGCCUAUUGACCUGCAGCUUCAAGAUGCUCAUGUACAAACACGAGGUACCUCGUCCACGCUCCUGAAACGCUGCUCUCCUCUGCUGUAGCCUGCUGUCAACCAGGACUUUGUUCAAGCACAUUUUAAAACAAAUUAUUUUUCCUUGUGAGUUAUGAUCAAUAAAUAAGACAUAUUUUACAGUUUUUAAAAGUUUUGUGAACACACAAAGUUUUAUUUUAUUCAUGUGGAAAACCUUUUUGUUUUUGUUUUUAAUGGAGUUGUUUUAAAGAAAAGCUGUCGCCAAGUGUCAUGAGAUGAGUUGCUGCUGUAAAAGAAGGGUAGGGUUUUAUAUAUACAGUUUAAUAGAAUACAUUCUGGUCUGCUUUAGUUUUAGACUUCUGUCCCAUGUAAUGAUGCUUUUGUAGCCUAAGCUUAGAUUGGACCCAAAAUGUCAGAAAAAAAAGGCCCAUGGUAAAAAUACAUAACAAUCUGAAAAAUGUCAGAAAAAGGCAAAAUAAAUAUUUAGGACAUGUGAUUAAUUGAAACUUUUUUCAUUCAAAAACGAACUGUGUCACUGAUGUCAUUUGAGAUUUUUACUGUAAAGUUCAAACACAGUUUAAAGACCCAUAAAACUGAUAAAACUCUAACUUUGUUUCAUAAGAAACAAUUUAUUAACAACUUUACCAAUUUAAAAAAAAAAAGUGAAAUCCUGUGUUUUAAACAGUUGGUAGAUAGAACUAAUUCCAUGUAAAGUGUAACAGCACCUCCAUGUGGUAUAAUUUUACUCAACAUAAAAUAUUUGACCAAAUAUUCAGUUUCUUUUUAUUUGAAUGCAAGAAAUGUGUAUGUAGUUAUAUGUGUUUUCUAAAGAACAUAAAACCUCUGAAUAUCCUCAGAAAAUAUCCACAUUGCAAAAACAGGCCCCUUAGUGUGUCAAAAACUUGAAAUUUGAGAAUUCUUCUUUAAAUUGGCCAAAAAAAAAAAAAAAA